AUGGCCAUCUCUGAAAAUGGGCCAGUCACUGAGGGCGAGGUACUGUCCGCGAGUAUUGCUAUUAUCCACUGGUAUCGCUACUAUCCGCCGGUACUAUUCGCUGCUCAUGGCUGGGUUGAACCAACUGCGUUUGACUACACUGCCAUGGCCCAAGCCCAGGCUGCUUCCACUUGGGAUAGCAAUGCUCGCAUUUACCAGUGGAGCGAUGAAGAUGUCGGUCUAGCUUUUGAGGAGCUUGAAGUGGAACUUUUUGGCUCCGCCGAAGAUCGCAGCAAGCACAUUGGCGGCGGUUUCGAUUUCUCAAGCAUUGAGACAAAGGCAGCCCUUGGACUGCUGCAAGACUUUGCGGCGGCUCCAAAAAGGUGUUCUUCGAUUGAACGACGAAACGUCGUGACCAUAGCCUGUUAA